AUGAUUGAGUUGAACGGGCCAUGCUUAGGAAAAACAAAAAAGAAUUUUAAAGAUGUUGAUCAUCCCGACCUUCUUCACUUGCCACUGGAUGAUGAAUCACACGUCUUGUCACGUCAAUUUAAAGGCGAGACUCGUGAGCAACUUAGAAAUUGGUUUCCACGUCUCGACCCGUUAGUCCUAAUACAUGACGAAAUAAAUAAGGAUAAAAUCACCUCUCUUCACGAUCCAAUGAAGAGGAUUAAACUAUUAUGCAAUGUGUGUUCAAGGCCAAUUACAAAAAUGCCAUUUUACAAAUGCUCCACAGAUGAUGAUUUUGUUCUCCACGAUUGGUGCACCCGGCUACCCGGUUUUCUAACUGGCCAUUCGGCUCACCCAGAACAUAGACUUUGGGUUGAUCGAUUACUAUAUAGAGGUUCUGGACCCAAAUGUAGGAUUUGUGGAUUGCCUUGCAAUGGGUUUUCAUACGUUUGUUAUAACUGCGAUUUUCAAAUUGAUGUUAAUUGUGCAUUUAUGCCUAAAGAAAUUACACAUGAAGCACACACGGAUCACUUACUUACAAGAAUAGAAUCAAGCCGUAGUGGUGUACCUAAGAAGGAUUGUCGCGCAUACCAUGUAAGUAUUGGUGAAAAUGAGACUUAUUUUAAAUGUAAUUCCUGUGAUUUCUAUUUGGACUGCCGGUGUGCUUUGCAAUUGCCUAAAACAGUUAUGCAUAAGUUUGACAAGCACCCCCUGCAACUAAGCUAUGCACCGAUUGAGGACCACAAAAGUCAAUACUUCUGUGAAGUUUGUGAGGAGGAGCUUGAUCCUGGAAAGUGGUUCUAUCAUUGUGCAGCGUGCGCACAAUCCGUUCAUUCGGCAUGUGCUCCGUUAAUACUUCAGUCUGAACAAGGUGUUAAUUCUUCCGAUUUAGAAGGUGUUUAUAAGUUUAUUAACAUCAAGUUUGGGCAUGUGGAAAAACGACCUUUUCACCAACAUCCUCUGUUAUUUGCUCCGGGGACAGAGAAUGAUGGUUUAUGCCAUGAGUGCGGAAGCAAAUUGCAAUCCCAGAUGAUCUGGAAGUGCUUACAUUGUAACUUUGCUUGCCACUGUUACCAUGAGCUUACAUCAUUAUACGACCCUGAUGCAGUCAAAAGAAUCUAUUAUAUAUCUGGGGGAAACAAACGUAUGAUAAAGCAGCGAAAAUCUCAAACAAGCUUAGAAUUUUAUCCAAGUGAAAUGAUGAGACCGGAGACCCGUCAUUGGAAGGUUGUUGAUGAUGUCCAAUAAGUCUUAUCGCCAUAUCAUGUGUUUCACCAUUUGUUUGUAAGGAAGGAAUUAAUUACUCCUUUUUAUUGCGAUUAAUGUACCAUGAGUUAAACAAGUUUAGUAUUAUUUACUGUAGUUUAUUUGUAUUCAUUUGUAAUACUGUGUUUUCUAGAUUAGCUCCUUUUCGGUUAUGUAAUACUUUGUAUAUAUUCCUUUCAAUCAAUGGACGUGUAAUUUUUAUAUAUAGAUCUUUCAUUCAA